AUGGCUGCAGGCAGGCAGGCGAUGCUGGCCCUCCUGCUGCUGCUGGCCACAGCCGUCCUCCCCAGUGGGUCCGUUGUCCUCAACAGCUGCAACAGCGUGGCUGAGCAGCUCUGCAACUUUGUCUGUGACUGCAGUGACUGCUCGGAUGAGAACCAGUGUGGAACACCAGUCGCCUGGGUGCAGGUGAGUCUGUCAGGUGGGUGCAGGAUCCCCGGCUGUGUGCCCGGGAUCCACAGGUCCCCGGGUAGGUGCAGCCCCCCAGGGUGGGUGCAGUUCCCUGGGGUGGGCACAGGUCCCCAGGGUGGCCUCAAACCUGCCUUGACCCCCUCCAUCUGCCUACCCUCAGGGUACUUACGGGGCUCAGCAGUGCUGGGCACCCCCUUCACCUGUGACUUUGAGGACAGUGACUGUGGCUGGCAGGACGUGGGCACCUCGACAUAUGGAUGGGUGCGAGGCCGGGCCAGCCUGGCCAUGUGGGGUGUGGGGCCUCAUUCAGACCACACCAUGGGCACUGACCUGGGUUGGUUCUUGAUGACCAUGUCCCCCCCAGCAAAGACCACGGCCACAGCCUGGCUCAGGUCACCAGAGAUGCAGGAAGCAGCUGCCACAUGUGAGAUCAGAGCCUGGUAUCACCUCUCAGGGAGCUGUGAGCACACCCAAGGGCAGAACCAGACAGAGCAGCCGGUGCUGCGCCUGGCUGUGGCACACAAGGACGAGGUGGUGGGGCUGUGGCAGAGCCCCAGGCACUGCAGUGAGGGCUGGCACCAGCUGCUUGCCUACCCCGGCCGGAUCACGGAGCGGUUCCAGCUCAUCUUCUCCCUGACACAACCACCCACCUGCGGGGCAGAGGUGGCACUCGAUGACAUCAUGUUCAGGAACUGUGGCUUACCAGGGGUCGGGCAGCAGCUGUGCGGGGCUCAGGAGAGCCGCUGCCCCCGCGGCUCCUGCCUGCCACAGCGCCGCUUCUGCGACGGCACCGACGACUGCGGGGACGGCUCGGACGAGGGCGCGGCGCAGUGCAAGAACUUCACCCGCUGCUCCUUUGACCGCGAUCUCUGUGGCUGGGAGGCAGCAGCCGGGUCACCAGCGUGGGGCAGGAACACGAGCCUGAACCUGGGCACCUCCUAUGGCAUUCCCACUCGGGACCACAGCAACAACAGCAGGGCUGGUUUUUUCCUCCAUGUGGGCAGCGGCCUCACUGCACGGGGUGGUGGCACAGCUCAGCUCAGCAGCCCCACUUUCCAAGCCACCAGCUCCUGUUCUCUCGUGCUGUACUGCCACCUCCAUGGCUCAGCCACCAGCAACCUCAGCAUCUUCUACGUGACCAACUCUACCAAGCAUCUGAUGAGGGAAAGGACAGGAGACCUGGGCAGCUGCUGGGUCCGGGAGAGAGUGGACUUUAACAUGACAGAUCCCUUCAAGGUGCUGAUUGAGGGGGUGGCCGGCCGUGGGGGGACCGUGGCCAUCGAUGACCUGAUCCUGUCUCAGGGCUGUGUGAAGGAGCAGGAGAAGCCUGUGGUCAUGCUGCCACGCCAGGCAGAUGGCAGCCCCUGCGCAGCAGAUGAGGUGGCCUGUGACAAUGGGGACUGCAUUGCUGCAGAGCUGGCCUGCGACUUCGCUGCCACGUGCGCUGAUGGCUCCGACGAGAAGCACUGUGGGACAACAACUUUCGAGUCAGGGACUGGAGGCUGGCAUGACGUCAGCGUGGGGCGGCUGCGCUGGGGUCUGCAGAAGGUCCCUGAAUCUGACAUCUUCCUCACAGGGACUUUCCUGGCCCUCCAGACAGGAGAAGGACAGAUGGUGGGUCCUGCGAAGGCACGAUCGCCUCCGCUGGGCCCCUCUGGCCCUGCCUGCACCGUGGAGAUGAGCUACCACAUCCACAGUGACCCCCAAGGCUUCCUCGCCAUCAGUGUCACAGAUCACACCACUGGCACCACCCAGCUGGCCUGGCAGGCACAAGGUCGUGGCAGCACAACUGGGGGUCAUGUCCGUGUUCCACUGGGAGAGAGAAGCCGGCCCUUCCAGGUGGAGCUGCUGGCACUGGUGGAUCUCCAGAGCUCAGCGAGUGUCAGUGUUGACAACGUGACAUUCGAGCAAUGCUACCUCGAUGUGGUGUCACCCACAGCUGCAGAGCUGUCCUGCAACUUUGAGAGGGGCAUGUGUGGCUGGUACCAGGAUCUGUCCAGUGACUUCAAAUGGGUCCACAGCAUGGGGCAGGGACAGGGCUCUGACCACACCACUGGCUCAGGCUACUUCUUGUCCGUGGACCCCUCUGUGCCAUGGAGCCAUGGGCAGCGGGCCCAGCUCCUCACCUCCCGCCAGGAGCCAGCCACUGUCCCACGCUGUCUCUCCUUCUGGUACCGCCUGGCUGGCCCACAAAUUGGUACCCUGAACCUUAAGCUGUGGCCAGAGGGAGGGGAGGAGGUGGUGCUGUGGACCCGCCGAGGAACCCAGGGCAGCAUCUGGCACCGGGCAUGGGCAACACUGCCUGCCACGGGCCAGCAGCGGUACCAGGUGGCUUUCGAGGUGCUGCAUGAUGGUUUCCUGGGGGACGUGGGGCUGGAUGACAUCGCACAGACAGCGGGACCCUGUGGGGCCGAGCUCUCCUGCUCCUUCGAGGCCGAGGGCUGUGGGCUGGCAGCCAGUGGAGAGGGCACCUGGCAGCGACAGAGCAACAGCACUGGCACCACCGCUGGCCCUGUGGCUGACCACACCACCGGCACUGCCACAGGCCAUUACAUGGUGGUGAACAUGGGCAGAGUCUUCCUGCCCGCAGGGCAUGUGGCUACCCUCACCUCCCAGCCCUACCAGCCCUCCAUGUCUGCCCAGUGCCUGGCCUUCUGGUACCAGCUGAGCACUGGGAACCCAGGCUCCCUCGGGGUGUAUGUGGAGCAGAGCAGGGCGAGGAGGAAGGUUCUGAGCAUUAGCACCAUGGAAGGGGACAACUGGCACCGCGGCCACAUCACUGUCCAGCCCGAUGGCGACUGGCAGGUGGUGUUUGAGGCAGUGGGAGCUGGGGGUGACCACGGAUACAUUGCACUGGAUGACCUGCAUGUGUCGGAUGGAGCCUGCCCUGAACUAGCAUCCUGUGACUUCGAGCAGGACACUUGUGGCUGGAGCAGCCCCUCCAACCCCCGCUUGCACAGCUUUGCCUGGGGCUGGAAGAAUGGGAUCCCCCUGGCCAAGUACCCUGGCCCUGAGCAGGAUCACACCCUGGGCACAAGGAAUGGUCACUACAUGCACUUCGACACCAGCGUGCUGGGUGCUGGGGGCACCAGUGCCCUGCUGGAGAGCCCACCUCUGCCCGUGGCCACCGAUUCCUGCCUGCGCUUCUGGUACCACAUGGACAUCCCAGAGCACCUUUGCAGCGGGGAGCUGCGGGUGACGCUGCGGGGCGCCGCGGGGCAGCGCACGGUGUGGAGCGUGGCAGGGCACCGCAGCCGGGGCUGGCAGGGCGCCGCGGUGCCGGUGCAGAGCCCCAGUGAGUUCCAGAUCAGCUUUGAGAUCACCACAUGGAGGUGGCCGAUGGAGGGGACAGUGGCACUGGAUGACAUCGUGUACAGCGCCAGGGUGGGCUGCCAUUCCAGCCCAGAGAGUCCAGUGGAAGAGAAACCCCCCGGCAGUUUUGUGACAGAGAUGGUGCUCAGUCUGCUCCUAGCCCUCGUCAUCGUGGCACUUGUGGCUCUUGGGGGCUGGUACUGGCUGAAACAGCGAGAGCUGGCGAGCAAGACACCGACAGAGAGCACCAGGCCCCAGGGCUUCGACAACAUCACCUUCCGAGAUGACAAGGUUAUUAUAUCUCCAAGAGAGGAGGAUGAGUCUUGAAAUUAGCAGCCAGCAGCAGGCAUUGCCUGCUCCCCCGGGCAGACCACCCCUCGACAGGAACCCACGCUCCAUCAGCUGCCUGCUCUCUGCCCCCGGCACCGGGGAGCGGGCCCCACCCAGGGACACACCCCUGGCAUCACUACCUCCAAGUGCUCGGGAAAAGCGUUUUUGUUGUUUGUAACAUGAACUUUCUGCUCCCAAGACACAGCAAUGUGCCCGUGCUUUGGCAGGGGGCAGGAGUGGGAGUUCUCACAGUGGCUGUCCUCAUCCAAACAGGGGUCUGGCCUGGGGAAGUGGGGGUGAAGUGUGGGGUGCUGGCCCCCAGAGCUGGGAAGAGCAGUGCGUGCUGCAGAGGGUGUGAGCCACUUCCCAUGCCCAGGACAAAGAACAAGAGCUCCAAGGGCACAGAGACCCCACAGGGAAGAAGCUCAAUGGCUCUGCUGGUUUUGGGGAGGGUGAGUGGUGGGAGGGAGAGCAGGGAGCAGAAGGGGGCACCACACAGCACCCCUAAGGGCAACAGGCAGCUCCCAACUCUGGUGCCCACCUGCUGCCCACACACUUUGUGAAUGCACUUUAUAAACAUCACUGGAAAACCCAAAAAUGUUCCUGAGGUGCAGGCUGGGCUCAGAGCCUGGACCCCAACCCUGCACCCACUACAUCUGAGCCCAGGACCCCUCCCUCACCCCCAGCUUUCACACCUGAAUGCUGUGAACUCCAAACCCAGCCCCACACACAGACCAGUUCAGCCCCUGCAUGAGGAGCCCACCAGUAUCCUGCUACCCCCAGCCCCCACAUCCAGCUGGAGGGACAUCCUACUUUCCCAGACUGUGACCAGAGCUUGUCUCCCUCACCCAGCUGUGUCCCCCUCCGGUGAUGCCUCAGUCAGGCCAAGCACCAUCCCCACAGCCCUGUCCUGCUUGCAGAAAUGAGGGCCCAAUAGAGCUGAGAGCUGGGGAAGGGCAAGGAAGGCUCAGGCUUCACCUGAUGUCUCUGCACCCACCUGGCUCUCCAGCUCCCCACAGCCUCCCCUCACCUCCACAGCACUGGUCCCAUGCCCCGGCUGCUGGCCAAGCUGAACCAUCCCCGACACAGGGAGAGGUGACACAGCCAGGAAGGCUGUGACAGUGCUGGCCCUCAGCCCAGGCACCCCAGCUGUCCCUUUAAUUACAAUCCCAGAAGGAAGAGGUGGUGCAGUUCCAGUCACACCCAGCCACAACAUUUACUACCAGCUGGUCACAUGCAGCAGCUCCUCUGGGCAACUGAAGGGUAUCAAACUUUAUUACAGAUCUCCUUAAAACAGGCUGGAAAGAACAAACCAACUCAUUGAGAUACAGUGACUGAGUCAUCAUUUCUGAUCAAGCCCCAACUCUCCCAGAUUAUUUAUAUAUAAUAUAUCUCACCCAUCCCCCAAAUUGUUUCAUUAAAUCAUCACAUUUCACACCACCCUAAGUGCCUUAACAUCAGAUGUUGCUAACACCACAACGCAC